AUGAAUUCGACACAUCAAUACUCCGGCCGCUCUCCCGAAUAUAACGCAGGGGCUUAUGGUCGUGAUGGGGCACCCGCUCAAAACUUUAUGUCCUCUCUGGCUCCUGCCCAUCGCCAACCAGCACCUCAGCGGCCCAACAUUGCCCCUUCCGAGCGUCCUCUUCCCCCGAUGGAUCGGCUGUCUCCCUCAUCGCAUCCGGGUCCUCGAGGCCCUCCAACUUACCCCGCAGAAGAUCCCUUUGUUUCUCCGUUUGAUCCCAAGCUGCCUCCUCCUAAGGCAGCGUUCCUCGAACCCACCUCACCCACCUCGCAUAGCUAUGAGUCUCAUUCAUCGGGUGGAUUGAUUCACGGUGAAUCAGAGAAACCUUCAACCAGACAAGAUUUCUACCGUCCCGACACGCAAUGGAAAGAUCUAGACCGAGCCAAGCAACAAGGAUCUAGUAAUUGGCUCCAAAAGCAAUCUCAAGCCGGCUCAAAGUUUAAAACCAUUACGUGGAUUAUCGCAGUUUUUGCUUUAGUGAUCAUUGGCGCCCUUAUCGCCAAAAUUAUCACCAAAAAAUCAGAACCUGUUACAGCCCCUGCGUCAUUGAAAUGGGCAAAUGGUGCUGAUCACGUCCCAACCUUCGGAGCAAACAGUACCACCUCCGCCGCUCCCACUGACACGUCUAAAACAGCAAAGACCGCCUCCGAUUCAACAAGUAGCCCCUCGACAUCUGCCAAAACAGCAAGCGCAAAACGGCACCUAGUAGUACUUGAUUGA